UUGAACAAAUCUUUGUCAAUAUCAACAUCUCAAAACAUUCACAUUCUCCUCCCAAAAUCUCACUCUUCUCACAGAAUACUCAGAUUGAUCCGAUUGCUCGUUCAUGAGGCGUCUGAGACUCCCACCUCUGGCCACAUUCAUCAAACCUCGCCUGUACAAUUCCCGUCCCUUCACAGUCAUGGCGAGCGCACAAGCAGAAGCUGUGCCAAACGGCAAUUCCCAACUAAAUGGCAACGCUCAGCAAGUUAACAAGAGGCCAAACCAGCAGAACAAUCGCCAAUGGAAGCAGAAGAAGACAAAGAGGGAAAAGAAUAUCACCGAAGGCUCAUCUGAGGAAGUCCUCAAGUACGAUAUUCAGGCCCUUCUCAAAGAGCGAGCUGUUGAGUAUGGCGAGGGAACAGAGCACGGCCCAGAAGUUCUCCCAGAGGAAGGCACUGAGACAGAGGUUGAGAUUCUGGAGCUGUCGUCGACAGGUGAUGGUCUUGGUAUGAAGCCUGGUUCAAACCAGGUCUAUGUUGUCUCUUUCACAGUCCCUGGCGACACCGCAAAGGUCAAAGUCUUCCGUCAUCUUCGUCGCGAAACCCAAACCCUCGCCGACUUCAUCUCCAUUACAAAACCCUCUCCUCUCCGCGACGAUGCCCGUAUCAGCUGCAAAUACUUCGCCUCCUGCGGCGGCUGCCAAUUCCAGAUGCUCGAAUACCCCGAGCAACUCAAACUCAAGAAGCGCAUUGUCGAGAAGGCCUUCAAGAACUUCUCAAACCUAGAUCCCAACAUAGUCCCCGCUGUACAGGAUACGAUGGGCAGUCCUCUGCAGUACAACUACCGUACCAAGCUCACACCUCACUUUGACGGACCCCCUGGAUUCCGACCCAGCAAGAGAGGAAAGAACCCCAGAAUCCCAUUUGAGAAGUGCCCUGAUAUUGGAUUCAUGCAAAAAGGUCGUCGGAAGGUUUUGGAUAUUGAGGAUUGCCCUAUUGGUACCAAUGCUGUGCGUCUGGGUAUGGCACGAGAGCGUGAGCGCAUGCAGAAAGAGUUUGCCAACUAUCAGCGCGGUGCUACGGUUCUUCUCCGAGAGAACACGAAGCGAGUCCCCAAGGACAGCGAGGAGGCCAAGGGUGAAACAGAACCCUACACAGUCCGUGUUGAGAAUGAGGAUACCGUCGACGUCAAGUCCUGCAUCACUGAUUCCAAGGCCACCACAACAGAAUACAUCGGCCCUUACACCUUCACCAACCCAGCUGGCUCUUUCUUCCAGAACAACAACUCCAUUCUUCCCUCCUUUACCGGCUUCGUACGAGACAACAUUCUCCCUCCCGCCGGCACGGGCAUGGACAUCAAAUACCUGAUCGACGCCUACUCGGGCUCUGGCCUCUUCACCGUUACUCUGGCUUCGCUCUUCCAGCACUCUAUCGGUAUCGACAUUGCAGCUGACUCCAUCGCCUACGCAAGUCGCAACGCAGCUCUCAACGGUAUGGGAGAGGAUCGCUGCAAGUUCAUCGCCGCUGAUGCUGGUGAACUUUUCAAGAGCGUUACCUACAACCGUGACGAGACCGUUGUAGUUCUUGAUCCUCCCCGUAAGGGCUGCGAUGCAGACUUCUUAAACCAGCUACGGAAAUUCGGACCUCGACGAGUUCUGUAUGUCAGCUGUAACGUGCAUACACAGGCCAGAGAUGUCGGUGUGCUUGUGCGCGGCGAGGGAGAGGGCGAGAGAUACGAGAUUGAGAGCCUUCGAGGAUUUGAUUUCUUUCCUCAGACAGGUCAUGUAGAGGGCGUUGCUAUUCUCAACAGGGUCGAUACCACGGUAUAAAAUAAAAGUACACGGCGUUUGUUUGGGUUGGGUCAAAGGAAACAUGAUAGAUCUCAUUGCCACUGCCAUUGCCAUAGUCAUAAUCGUUGUGAAACUUGAAAACCCGCUGCCUCGUUUCGCAAACUAAAAAAUGCUGAUCUGCGCCGCCUUUACAACAAAUGUAUAUGUUCUUCGUC